GUUUGAUUUUUUUAUUUGGGUUAAUAGCGAUAACCCCCCUUUAGUUUUUUUACUCAGAUAAUAAUCAAAAAAUGGAACUUGAUCCUCAACAACAGCACACAGCUAGUUCCCCAGACACUCCAGCUGUCAAUAACAUCGAGUCCAACACAUCUACUUUGGAAACAUCAUCUAAUGUUACUGCAGCCACUACUUUACCCGAUAGUAAUCUCGGUCAUGAUCCUUUAGCUGCAAGAACAAGUGAAGAACAAGAGCUUUAUCCUAUUGCUGUUCUUGUAGAUGAACUCAAGAAUGAAGACGUUCAACUGCGUUUGAAUGCUAUUCGAAACUUGAGUACUAUUGCUAUUGCUCUAGGUCCUCAAAGAACGCGAGAUGAACUAAUCCAAUUCUUAAAUGAAACUAUUGAUGAUGAGGAUGAAGUUUUGUUGGCUGUAGCAGAAGAGCUUGCUAAUUUUGCAGAGUAUGUGGGUGGUCCUGAAUAUGCUCAUUAUAUGUUGAGUCCUUUGGAGAACUUGGCUACGGUAGAAGAAGUGCUUGUCAGAGAUAAGGCAGUCGAGUCCAUGAAUAAGAUUGUCAAGUUACUUAAUAACACACAAGUUACACACUAUUUCCUUCCUUUAUUGAAGCGUUUAACCACAGCAGAUUGGUUUACAGGACGUAUUUCUGCGUGUGGCCUUUAUGCUGCAGUGUAUUCGAAAUGUACUCCAGAACAACAAAACGAAUUGAGAAUAGCAUUUGCUCAACUCAUUCAAGACGAUACACCUAUGGUGAAGAGAGCAUCUGCUAAAGCACUUGCUGAUUUCUCUAAAGAAUUGACCCAACAACAGCUUAUUCAUCAUAUUUUGCCUUUAUUCCUUAGACUUACAAAUGAUGACCAAGAUACCGUUCGGUUAUUGACUGUAGAAGACUUGGUUCAGAUUGCAGAGAUGUUUAGUCCAGAAGAAUGCAAACAGCAUCUUUUAGGCCCACUUAAGAGUCUCGGUCAAGAUAGAUCAUGGCGAGUGAGAUAUAUGGUAGCAACACACUUCACAAAGCUGUGUUCAGCAUUAGGUGAAACUAUUACACGCGAAGAGAUGGUGACAUUGUUUGUCAAUCUUAUCAAAGACACUGAAGGUGAAGUCAAGAUUGUAUCGAUUGGACAGGCAGCAGACUUUUCUAAGCUUAUUGAUCAAUCCAUUGUGAUCGAAAAGAUACUUCCUUGUAUUAAGGAUCUUGUGAUUGAUACAAACCAGCAUGUUCGUGUAGCUGUUGCUACAAAUAUUAGUGGAUUUGCACCUAUUCUUGGUCAAGACUUAACAAUUGAAUAUCUACUUCCUUUAUUCCUUCAACUUUUGAAAGACGAUUUCCCUGAUGUUCGAUUGAAUAUUAUAUCCAAACUUGAGCAUGUAAAUCAAGUCAUAGGAGUUGAGCGUCUUUCCCAAUCACUUUUACCUGCUAUUGUUGAAUUAGCUCAAGAUAAACAAUGGAGAGUACGAUUAGCCAUCAUUCAAUACAUUCCUUUGCUUGCAUCUCAAUUAGGUGUAGAAUUCUUUGAUGAAAAACUGCUUGACUUAUGUCUGUCUUGGUUGGGUGAUGCUGUCUUUUCUAUCCGUGAUGCUGCUACUACCAAUCUUAAGAAACUUGUCGAAACAUUUGGUCAUGAUUGGGCCAAGAAUACUGUUUUGCCUCGAGUGAUGGAAAUGGCUCACAAUGAAAACUAUCUCUAUAGAAUGACAACCCUUUUCACACUAUCCACAAUGGCUGUUUCUCUUACACCCGAUAUCAUUAAGGAAAAGGUGCUCCCUACUGUGAUUGAACUGAUUGAUGAUCCUAUCCCUAAUGUUAGAUUCAAUGUUGCCAAAUCCUUAGAAGUACUUGUUCCUAUCCUAAGACAAGAUCCUACUACAAGUGAACUUAUUCAAACACAAGUCAUUGAUAGUCUCAAGAAACUCAGUAGUGACUCUGAUGUGGAUGUGAGAUUCUUUGCAGAAAAGGCUUUAGUUUCAGUUUAAAAUGGUUUUAAUAAACAGAUUUUAUAAAUA